CAUUCUGCUCAUAUUUCUCCUUCAUCAAUGGUUUUGUGUUUCCGCCUGUUGGUCAGUGCUGUGUUUUUGCAUGGGAGAUCUGGAAACCGAGAGGAUGCGCUUUUUGGAGAGACAAACACUCAGAGUUGUCUCCUCGGCCGCUCCAGGGUUGUGUUAGCGGACACAUAAAUGUUUUUCGGCUGGGAAUGAACAAUGGUGCGGCUCCUUGCUCUGACCGGGGACAUGCUCUGGUGUCGGCUGCUGCUGCUCUGCGUUGUGGAGUUAGAGCUGGGAGCCAGAGUGUCUACUUUUCAGGGUUUCUAUCUUCCACCUGCGAGCGGGUCCAUUCACACACCUGCGCGGAGGACAGACGGGGUGGUGCGGACCAUUGAUCGGAUUUACCACGGCGGUGGGAAGGUUGGCUACCUGGUGUACCUGGAUGGGAGCCGGUUUCAGCUGGACAUGGAGCGGGAUGAGUCGAUGCUGUCGCAUCACUUCACCCCCCAGUAUAUGCUCGCUAUGAUGGGGCAGAGUCCAGCGCAUUUGCAGCGGGAGUGCGCGUACCGCGGGACGGUGAACUCGCACCCGGAGUCCCUGGCUGUCCUCAGUCUCUGCGGAGGAGGUCUCGAGGGCUUCUUCGCCGUGAAUAAUUCGCGAUACACUAUCACACCCAUCAUAAGGGCUAAGGGACAUGAGCACGACGUGCGCGCCCUGCAGGACAAGGAUGCGGAGAGUACUCUCCACGUGUUUACGCGCGAAAGUUUCAGUUUCCAGGCUUUGAGCGAGGGGCGCGAGAGCUGUGGGACGCGCGACAGGCGCAGAGGACGCAGAGAUGCACAGGGGAAACUGCGGCACAGAGGUCGCGGGAAGGGGAAACGGGCAGAAGACGAGCACGGCCAGUCUGGGAGGAGAUGGUGGAGCCGGCUCGCCAAGGCAGGCGCUCCAGAGCCGGGCGCGAGGCGCAAGAGAUCGGUCUCACGCGCUAGGCACGUGGAGCUUCUCCUGGUGGCGGAUGACACAAUGACUAAAAAAUACGGGAAGGACUUGAACCACUAUUUGCUCACACUGGCCUCCAUCGCCUCUAAACUGUACGGACACGCCAGCAUCGAGAACCCCAUCCGGCUCUCCGUGGUGAAGGUGGCCACAGUCGGUGACAAAGAGAAGGGGCUGGAGGUGUCCAAGAACGCGGCUUCGACUCUGAAAAGCUUCUGUAAGUGGCAGAACCAACAAAACCCAUUGGAUGACGACCACCAGCACCACCACGAUGCGGCCAUCCUCUUCACCAGGCAGGAUCUCUGCGGCCACCACUCCUGCGAUACCCUGGGCAUGGCGGACGUUGGCACCAUCUGUUCUCCAGAGCGAAGCUGUGCCGUCAUUGAGGACGAUGGGCUUCACGCCGCAUUUACUGUGGCUCAUGAAAUAGGUCACCUUCUUGGUUUGUCCCACGACGACUCCAAAUUCUGUGAGGAACGCUUCGGGGUGAACAGCGACAAGCGGCUCAUGUCCUCCAUCCUCACCUCCAUCGACGCCUCCAAGCCAUGGAGCCGCUGCACAUCAGCAACCAUCACUGACUUCUUUGACGACGGCAAUGCCGAGUGUCUCCUCGACUCUCCUCGUCAGCCCCUUCUUGGCCCUGAGGAGCUCCCAGGUCAAAGCUACGACGCCGUCCGCCAGUGUCGCCUGGCCUUCGGACCCGAGUACACAGUCUGCCCGGGCAUGGAUGUAUGUUCUCGGCUGUGGUGCGCCGUGAUUCGCCAGGGACAGAUGGUGUGUUUGACCAAGAAGCUGCCAGCGGUAGAGGGAACACCCUGUGGGAAGGGACGCAUCUGCCUGCAGGGAAAGUGUGUGGACAAAACCCGAAAGAAGCACUACUCGGCGUCCAACCACGGCAGCUGGAGUUCUUGGGGUCCUUGGGGUCCAUGCUCCAGAACUUGUGGAGGCGGGGUGCAGUUUGCCCACCGUUUGUGCAACAACCCGCCACCACGGAACAACGGGCGCUACUGCACGGGCAAGAGAGCCAUCUAUCGAUCUUGCAGCGUCACUCCAUGUCCGGCAUCAAAUAAGAGUUUCCGCCAGGAACAGUGUGAGGUCCGUAACGGUCCUCAGACCGAUCCAAAAGGGGUAAAGACCUUUGUGGAGUGGGUGCCAAAGUACGCAGGAGUUCUCACUAAAGAUGUCUGCAAGUUAACUUGCAGAGCAAAAGGAACGGGAUACUAUGUGGUGUUCUCUCAGAGGGUGGUAGAUGGAACUGAGUGUCGUCCUUACAGCAGCUCGGUGUGUGUAAAGGGGAAAUGUGUGCGUACAGGCUGUGAUGGCAUCAUUGGCUCCAAGCUCCAGUUUGACAAGUGUGGUAUAUGUGGAGGUGACAGCACUGGAUGUAUAAGGGUUAUAGGCAACUUCACGAAGAAGAGCAAAGGCUACACUGAUGUAGUAAAGAUCCCUGCUGGUUCUACUCACAUCAAGGUUCGUCAGCACAAGGCUCCAGACCAGACCCGUUACACAGCUUACUUGGCCCUUCGACGACCCAACGGGGAGUACCUCCUAAAUGGAAAGUUCAUGAUAUCCACCUCCGAGACAAUCAUUCCACUCAACGGUUCUUUGCUCAACUACAGUGGCUGGAGUCAGCGGGAUGAGUGGCUUCACAGCAUGGGCCCUGGAGCUCUCCAAGAACCCUUAGUUGUCCAGAUUCUAGCUACAGAUGCCAAAAAACCCUUGGAUGUUCGUUAUAGCUUCUUUAUGCCACGGUGGAUGGCUUCGCAGCAACCAUCUCUUCAAAAACUAACCUCCUUGCAGAGCAGCACAACAAUGUCAACGACUACAAAAACCACCACCACUAGUACCACUACAACUUCUACUGCUUCCCCCACUCUGGUCCCAGAGUCACCUUCACCACCUGGUCCCUCAACCCCUACUCCUGGACCUCAGUGGAUAACUGGACCUUGGAUGACAUGCUCCAGAACUUGUGAUAAUGGCUGGCAGAGCCGGACUGUGCAAUGCAAGGACUGGGAUGGGAAACUGUCAAAGGGCUGCAUACUAAGCGCUCGCCCCUCUGCCUUCAAACACUGUCUGGUAAAAAAAUGUUGAGGUAGAAACAGUCUGUUGGAGGAAGCUGUAAUCUGUAGGUCUGAAACAGUCUGUAUCAGUGGACAGAGGACUAUGAACAAAUAAAUUUAGGACAUAGAACCUUAAAUAGAUUGUGAAUGUUGGCGCAGAAAGCCAAGACCAAACGCAAGAUACAGACAGACUGGCAUGGAUGUAUCUGAGUGUAUGCCAGAGGACUGACCUGGAAUAAUAUUAGCUAUGCAGAACACAAACUGAACAGAGAAGUAUCGCUCUGGCAUUGCUAAAGACUCAAGUUGCAUGUAAUUUCCACAUGGACAAUAGCUGAUUGUCUUUACUUAGCCUCCAAACCCUGGAGACUUAGUGAGUGUUGCCCUGUAAUGGCAUGCGUGUCUUUUUAUGGUUCCAUGUGUUGUUGUCACUCAACUCACACUUCUUUGUCUUUUGUCAUGAAUGCAUCUGAGACAAGAGCCCCAACAACGGGAAGCACUCAAUGUUCUUUAAUUCUAUCCACACGGCAGCCCCGAUUCAAAGCCUUCAUAUAAUUCAUGGUCAUGGAGAGCCAUAUCAUGUAUCUUUAAUCAUAAAAUGUGCUGGAAGAUUGUUGGCAAUCAAUGACUGGUUGGAUCAUCUGUAGACUAUCUGAUUACUAAGUAAGGCCUCUUCCACUAAAUUCUGCUCCAUAAAAUCAUGUUUUCAGAUUGCCAGUGGGUAUUUUUCCCAAUCAAAGUUUGCAGCAUCUUUGAUAUGUAUGAUGGUACUUGAUCACACCCUGAAAAAAAUUGAAACAAACUAGAAAGAAGGAGAAUUUGACCAGGAAAAAAUGGGGAAACCUAGCUGUUUUGGAAGCCACUCGGUCACUCCGUUGUCCAGUCUGUGUUUAAGUGAUCCCAUACUUCCCAAUGCUCCUGUGAAAACCAGGCUGGGAAAAAAGUUUUCUGAAGAUGAAAGUAUUAGUUGUACUGACUUUGGUAAUCAUUUGUGAAACAUAGCAACGGCAUUCUGUGAUAGAAAAGAAGCUGACAAAGGGGCAAAGUAACCAUGAUGCUCCUUAACAUCAAUGGAGCUUAUUGAUGACACAAAGGUUUGGGGCAAGGCUUGGGUUGUAUGCCUGUGUCGUGUGUGUGUUUUUGACAGCAUGUGUGUUACCACACCCAUGUAGCCAGGCAUGUAUGGUUUGAACAUGCUUGAAACAUGCAGCAGUUCCACUUAUAUCAAUCAUUUGUUGGUGCUGAGAGGAUUUUGUAUGUAUUUUGUUUUAGUUAUUGUCUCUUCAUCUUUUAAGGAAACAACACUAAUAUGACAAUGUGUGCCCUGGAUACUCGCAACGACAGAAAUGCAGUCAUUACUUGCCUUUUACAAUUCAAUUCUUUGUUAUUUUACUUAUUCUACAUUCUUUAUUUGCUAAUUAUUUUUCAACACUGAUGGGUGAAGGUAGCCACAGUACAUGAAGUUUAAUUAUACCAGAAAUGGGUCCAUUAAAUCAGGCCUUAUGAUCAGGUGGAGGAUUUUUGUGAUUUUGGUGAAAUUGCGGGGGGUUUUUUGUUAAAUUUGAUGUUAAAGUUUACAGUUUGAUUAGAUAAGUAGAAAGCUGACUGAGCUUUGUCGUAAAAAGCAACUCUUAAGGACCAUCUAUGCUCCCUUACAUGCGUGAAUAGGGACGUCCGUUUCAAAUGUUGUCAUACGUCACCGUCCUCAUAAUUCAGUGUCUCAUACUUCACAUACUUCAGUGCUAAUUUAAGAGUUCACUCCCGUGGUCUGAUGUCAGAUUCAGACACCAUUGGUGGCGGUAAUACAUAGCAUUUUUUCCAGCUUCCCAACACGUCCUAAACACUUGCAUUUAGUCUUUAUUCACAAACUCAUGCAAUUUCUACAGUUGUGCGCAUCUUCAUUUAUCUUUUUCUAGCUAAGCUCUGUGAAAACAAACCAAAUUACGCAAAUAACCGACACAGGAGCCGGACGAAACCAUCCAUCCUUCUACGUGUCCCUCUUUUGCAUCAAGCAUAAAAGGGCCUUUAAGUUCACCAAUCUUUUGUGUAUUUUUUUUAACUAAAAUAAAGAAAACUGACCCUACUUACAGCAGUUCUGAGGUGCAAAUUCAGAAAAAACACUGGUAAAAAAAAACGAAACACCACAAUCAAAAAGGAAAAUUACAUGUAGAAAUGUUUUUGCAAAA